AAUGGCAGAGACGAAGGAUGCAAACACAGAACCUAAAAGCGGCACCAACAUUAAGAUUGCCGUCACCAACAGUCGGUAGGAAUCAAAUUCCCGGUUACCGAAAAUCUGCGUCUCAAGCUUUCGGACGCGAAGGGCAGGAGGAAGGGUUCGAAUGAAGCAAUCGUUUUUCGCCUACAGAACAGAAGCUCUGUUUCUCGCGCGGGCUUCGGGUCGUCAAUUGAACGAGCUCGAAUCAAUCGGGGUCGGCUUUGCUUUCAAAGUUUGAACAAGUGAGUCUCGUUUCGAUUUCCGUCCGAGGGCUUUCGCGAUGGCGAACAUAAGCGAGGCUGAUAUUUUCGACGAUGCCACGGACCAGCUCGCUGGAAUGACCACUGACGACGUUCUUCGUCACAGUCGGCUGCUCGACAAUGAAAUCCGCGUUCUUAAGGAGGAACUCCAGCGACUGACGCUAGAGCACGAAGCCACUCGGGAGAAAAUCAAAGAGAAUCAAGAGAAGAUAAAGCUCAACAAACAGUUGCCUUACCUGGUUGGGAACGUUGUUGAGAUAUUGGACGUCAGUCCCGAGGACGAAGCGGAGGAGGAUGGAGCAAAUGUAGAUCUAGAUUCUCAAAGAAAAGGGAAAUGUGUCGUGUUGAAAACUUCAACCCGUCAAACUAUUUUUCUACCUGUAGUUGGUCUAGUAGAUCCGGACAUUCUGAAGCCUGGAGAUUUAGUCGGUGUGAACAAGGACAGUUAUCUGAUCCUCGACACUCUCCCGUCAGAAUAUGACUCACGCGUGAAGGCAAUGGAAGUCGAUGAGAAGCCAACAGAGGAUUACAGUGAUAUUGGAGGCCUUGACAAGCAGAUUCAAGAACUUGUCGAGGCGAUUGUCCUUCCAAUGACCCAUAAGGAAAGGUUUGAAAACAUCGGUAUUAGGCCUCCCAAAGGUGUUCUUCUUUAUGGCCCUCCUGGGACCGGUAAAACCCUAAUGGCUCGAGCUUGCGCUGCCCAAACGAAUGCGACUUAUUUGAAGUUGGCCGGUCCCCAACUUGUCCAGAUGUUCAUCGGAGAUGGAGCUAAGCUGGUCAGAGAUGCUUUUCAACUAGCGAAAGAGAAGGCUCCCUGCAUUAUUUUUAUAGAUGAGGUGGAUGCUAUCGGUACCAAGCGUUUUGACAGUGAAGUGAGUGGUGAUCGAGAAGUACAGCGGACCAUGUUGGAGUUGUUGAAUCAACUUGAUGGUUUUAGUAGUGAUGAUCGAAUCAAGGUAAUUGCAGCAACAAAUCGUGCAGACAUUUUGGACCCUGCUCUUAUGCGUUCUGGUCGUCUUGAUCGUAAAAUAGAGUUCCCUCAUCCUACCGAAGAAGCCCGUGCUCGCAUCUUGCAGAUUCAUUCUAGGAAAAUGAACGUGAGACCGGACGUCAAUUUUGAGGAACUUGCACGAUCCACGGAUGACUUCAAUGGAGCACAGCUGAAGGCCGUGUGCAUCGAAGCAGGAAUGCUAGCCCUACGGCGGGAUGCCACUGAGGUCACUCAUGAGGACUUCAAUGAGGGAAUCAUCCAAGUUCAAGCGAAGAAGAAGGCUAGCUUGAACUAUUAUGCUUAGAGCAGUCUGAAAUGAUGUUGUAAUUGCAAUUGAAGGUUGAAUCGCAACGGCCAAGAACAGUUCAGCAUGAAGAAGGUUGAUUACUCGUCGCUGUCCUGUCUUCUGCAAUCAGUGUCGUCUCCUUUCGGCUGAAGACUACGCAAGAUAUGCGUACAAAUGCCUGGUCUGUUCUGGCUCGAAAUAUCUGCUGUAAUGUUUUCGGGGAUAUUUUUGCGGGUGACCGAAAGAGAGAAGGCUCAAGAAGAGUACAUUUAAGCUCCAUGUCCUAUUCCUAACUAUGUAAAUGAAGUUUAAGGUGAGGGGAACUUCACGCCAGAAAGUGUAGAACUUUGAUGUUUCAGGUCUUGUGGCUUGAAACUUUUGUGAAGAUCCUUCCGAAGGUGACAGAUAUCUCAUGGCGUCCUGAAGGUCGAAAGUACAUGUUAUGUUUCAUCUUUCUCCGGGAAGGCAGAAAAAGUUGGGAGCUCGAUUCCCUUCACCUUUUGAGAGUCAAAUAGGCACAUGAGUAAUUUAUCACAGAAAGGUGACCACGUUUUGAAUCCAGAAAUGUCUUUUGAACUAGUAUGUAUAUUGUAAAGUUGCCAUAUUGAUGGCUUUCACCAAUGUACACGACAAGAGAUAAAAGCUAAGUGUGGUUGCACGUAAGUAGCUGAUGAUAAGACCCAAUUAUUAUGA